AUGCACCAUGGCAGCGGCCCUCAGAACGUCCAGCACCCGCUGCAGAGGUCCAGGGCCUUCGCCGGCAGUGAAGAAGAGCAGCAGGCCCGUCCCAACCCCCCGCAGUCCCCCGCCACGCCCUUUGCGCCGGCAGCAAGCCCGUCCGCGCCCCAGUCCCCUGGUUACCAAGUUCAGCAACUGAUGAACCGCAGCCCCGUGGCCGGGCAGAGUGUGAACAUCGCCCUUCAGAAUGUGGGGCCGGUGGUGGGAGGGAACCCCCAGAUCACGCUGGCCCCACUGCCGCUGCCCAGCCCCACUUCUCCGGGAUUCCAGUUCAGUGCGCAGCAGAGGCGGUUUGAGCAUGGGUCUCCAUCGUACAUCCAGGUCACCUCGCCGCUGUCCCAGCAGGUGCAGACUCAGAGCCCCACCCAGCCCAGCCCUGGGCCGGGACCGGGCCUGCAGAGCGUGCGGGCGGGAGCCCCUGGCCCCGGCCUGGGCCUAUGCAGCAGCAGUCCCACCGGGGGCUUCGUGGAUGCCAGUGUGCUGGUGAGACAGAUCAGCCUGAGCCCGUCCAGUGGCGGCCACUUCGUGUUCCAGGAGGGCUCAGGCCUGGCGCAGAUGGCCCCGGGCGCCCAGGUUCAGCUGCAGCACACGGGGACGCCCAUCACGGUCAGAGAACGGAGACUCUCGCAGCCCCACGCGCAGUCGGGGGGCACCGUCCAUCACCUGGGACCUCAGAGCCCCGCGGCCGCAGGCGGGGCUGGCCUGCAGCCCCUGUCCAGCCCCGGCCACAUCACCACGACGAGCUUGCCACCCCAGAUCAGCAGCAUCAUCCAGGGGCAGCUGAUCCAGCAGCAGCAGGUGCUGCAGGGGCCUCCGCUGACCAGGCCUCUGCUCCCCGGCGUCGGGGGGACUUCGGCGUUUGGGAUGACGUCCCCACCGCCCCCCACCAGCCCUUCCAGGACCGCAGCGCCCCCGGGCCUCUCCAGCCUUCCUGUCCCGUCUGCGGGGAGCGCGGGGAUAAGAAAGGCUCCCAGGAAGUUGGAAGAGAUCCCCGCGGCCUCCCAGGAGCUGGCUCAGAUGCGGAAGCAGUGCCUGGACUACCACUUCAGGGAGAUGGAGGCUCUGAAGGCGGCCUUCAAGGAGUACUUGGUCGAGCUGUUCUUCUUGCAACACCUUCAGGGAAACAUGAUGGAUUUCCUAGCUUUCAAGAAGAAGCAUUAUGCCCCGUUACAAGCUUACCUUAGGCAGAAUGAUUUGGACCUGGAGGAGGAGGACGAGGAUGAGGACGAGGAGAAGUCUGAGGUCAUCAACGACGAGCAACAAGCCCUUGCAGGGACCCUUGUGGCAGGGGCUGGCAGUGUGAUCGAAACGGACCCCUUUAAGAGGCAGCAGGCGGGACCUCCGGCAGAGCAGUCUAAGAGACCUCGACUCGAAGUGGGUCACCAAGGGGUAGUUUUCCAGCACCCAGGGGUGAAUACAGGAGUUCCUCUCCAGCAGUUAAUGCCGACAGUUCAAGGGGGAAUGCCACCCGCGCCGCAGGCCGCUCAGCUCGCCGGCCAGAAGCAGAGCCAGCAGCGGUACGACCCCUCCACGGGGCCCCCGGUGCAGAACGCCGCCAGCCUGCACACGCCACCGCCGCAGCUGCCCACCAGGCUGCCACCGGCCGGCCUCCCUGCCGCACCCCUGCCGCCGGCGCUGCAGUUCCCCCCGCAGCCGCAGACGGCGGAGCCGCAGACCCCGCUCCCGGUGCCAGUGAAGACGCAGCCGCCAAGCGCCCCCGCCCCGGCACCCCCGCCCGGCCAGCUCCCCGCGGCCCUCCACGUCCCGGUGCCCACGAAGGCGCAGAUGCAGGCCCCUCCGCUCCCGUCCCAGCCGCAGACGGUGGCGCCACCCAGACCGCCCAUGGACCCCGCCCAGCCCUGCCCACGGCCGCUGCCCUCCGCCUCCUCGGCCUCGACCGUUGUCCCCGCCAGUGGCUCAGGCCCGGGGCCUUCGCCUGCCCGGGCCUCCCCGGUGAACAGACCCUCCCCGGCAGCCAAGUCGCUGUCUCCGGUCAUCGCCCGCUCCCCGGGGGCAGCCGUGUCAGCGCCCCCGAAACCACAGAGCCCCGCUCAGAGUGCCGCCGCGCCCCACGACGGUUCUCAGGACAAGCUGGCGGCGCAGGUAGCGCUGGAGAACCAGAUCCAUCAGCGGAUAGCAGAUUUAAGGAAAGAAGGCCUGUGGUCCCUCAGACGGCUGCCCAAGCUGCAGGAGGCCCCGCGGUCCAAAUCGCACUGGGACUACCUGCUAGAGGAGAUGCAGUGGAUGGCCACAGACUUUGCCCAGGAGAGGAGGUGGAAGGUGGCUGCUGCCAAGAAGCUUGUCAGAACUGUGGCGCGUCACCACGAAGAGAAGCAGCUUCGGGAGGAGCGGGGAAGGAGAGAAGAGCAGAACCGGCUGAGACGGAUAGCUGCGUCCACUGCUAGGGAAAUAGAAUAUUUUUGGUCAAAUAUUGAACAGGUUGUGGAAAUAAAACUACAAGUAGAAUUAGAAGAAAAAAGGAAAAAGGCUUUAAAUUUCCAGAAAGUUUCCCGGAAAGGUAAAGAGUCGAGACCUACAGGGCUUGAUGCGUUACGGGAAAACUUUGUGGAUUCGGGGAUACCUGGAAGGAAAAGAAAAGCAAGCACAUCUUUAACCGAUGAUGAAGUGGAAGACGAGGAGGAGACGAUUGCAGAGGAAGAGGCGCUGGAGGGGGCUGCGGACCACCAGGCGGAGCUGUUGGAGUUAGCCAGAGAAGCUGAAUUGCCCUUAAUUGACUUGAUGAAGUUGUAUGAAGGUGCCUUUCUGCCGAAUUUCCAGUGGCCCCAACCUAAACCUGACAGUGAAGAGACAAGUGAAGACGAAGACGUGGAAGACUGCUCAGGUGACCGGGAGAGCCGGAAGGGUGUGGUUCUCAUCGACUCGCUCUUCAUCAUGGACCAGUUUAAAGCCACAGAGAGAGUGGUUGUCGGGAAGCCUCACACAAAGGACAUCGCGGAAGUGACCGCUGUGGCCGAAGCCAUCCUGCCCAAGGGCAGUGCUCGGAUCAGCACCGCGGUGAAGUUGAACGCUCCGGCUCUUCUGUACGGUGCCCUCAGAGAUUACCAGAAGAUUGGCCUGGACUGGCUGGCCAAGCUCUACCGGAAGAACCUCAAUGGCGUUUUGGCAGAUGAAGCUGGGCUUGGUAAAACAGUGCAGAUCAUUGCUUUUUUUGCCCACCUAGCCUGUAACGAAGGCAACUGGGGCCCUCAUCUUGUCGUCGUGAGGGGCUGUAACAUCCUCAGGUGGGAGCUUGAACUGAAGCGCUGGUGUCCGGGGCUCAAGACGCUCCUGUAUGUCGGCAGCCGCAGAGAGCUCAAGGCAAAGAGACAGGGGUGGACAGAGCCCAACCGUAUCAACGUCUGUAUCACGUCCUACAAGCAGUUCUUCAAGGGCUACGCGUCCUUCACGCGGGUGCGCUGGAAGUGCCUGGUCAUCGACGAGAUGCAGCGUGUGAAGGGCAUGACUGAGAGGCACUGGGAGGCCGUGUUCACCCUGCAGAGCCAGCAGCGACUGCUGCUCAUUGAUGCCCCGCUGCACAACACCUUCCUGGAGCUGUGGACCAUGGUGCACUUCCUCAUCCCGGGCAUCUCCAGGCCGUACCUGCACUUGCCCCUGAAAGCCCCCAGCGAGGAGAACCAGGACUACUACCACAAAGUGGUCAUCCGGCUGCACCGGGUGACACAGCCCUUUAUUCUGCGGAGAACUAAGAGAGACGUGGAGAAGCAGCUGACGAAGAAAUACGAGCACGUCCUGAAGUGCCGCCUCUCCAGCCGACAGAAGGCCUUGUACGAGGACGUCAUCCUGCAGCCGGGGACGCAGGAAGCUCUGAAGAGCGGGCGCUUUGUGGACGUGCUGAGCAUCCUCCUGCGGCUGCAGCGGAUCUGCAACCACCCCGGGCUGGUGGCGCCCCGGCUCCCGGAGUCCUCCUACACGGCGGGGCCGCUGCAGUGCCGCUCGGCCUCGCUCAUCCUGAAGGCGCUUGACCGAGACUUCUGGAAGGAAACCGACCUUUCUAUAUUUGACCUUAUUGGCUUAGAAAAUAAAAUGACCCGUCACGAGUCAGAACUGCUGGGCAAGAAGAAGGUGACACGGAGGCUCUUCGAGGAGCUGUUCACCGCGCCGCCGCCGUCGGGCAGGCCAGCGGCUAUCAGACUGAAGCCCAGCAGGUUGUUUCAGCCCGUGCAGUACGGCCAGAAGCCCGAGGGCCGCACCGUGGCUUUCCCCAGCACACACCCGCCCCGCACGGCCACGCCCACAGCCACUGCCACGCCGCAGGGCCACGUUCGAGGACGGCCGCCCGUCGCCACGUUCUCUGCAAAUCCAGAUGCAAAAGCGCCAGCAACCCCGUUUCAGACCUCUCAGCCCUCCACCGGUGCUCCGAGACACCAGCCUGCCUCGACCUUCAGCACAGCACCUAGCCCAGCCCAUCCUGUGAAACUGCGGGCUCAAACCACUGCCCCGGCCUCCACCCCGGGCCCGCCCCAGCCCCAGCCCCAGGCCCCCUCGCACCCGGCCGGGCAGAGCGCGCUGCCUCAGGGGCUGGUGCUCACCUCGCAGGCCCAGGCGCGCCUGCCUAGUGGGGAGGUGGUCAAAAUAGCCCAGCUGGCUUCCCUCGCGGGCCCGCCGAGCCGAGUCGCCCAGCCGGAGAGCCCCGUGACGCUUCAGUUCCAGGGCAACAAGUUCACCUUGUCGCAUAGCCAGCUGCGGCAGCUGACAGCCGGCCAGCCCCUGCAGCUCCAAGGCAGCGUCCUCCAGAUUGUGUCCGCGCCUGGGCAGUCCUACCUGCGACCUCCAGGCCCCGUGGUGAUGCAGACAGUGUCUCAGGCGGGGGCCCUGAACGCCCUGGGAAGCAAGCCCCCGGCCGGCGGCCCAAGCCCCGCGCCCAUGACCCCGCCAGUGGGUGUGCCCAGCCGAGUGGCAGUCAGUCCCCUGGCCGCAGGAGAACCUGGAGUGGCCUCCAAGCCAGCCUCUCCCGUCGCCGGGCCGACCCAGGAGGAAAAGACCAGACUUUUGAAAGAGCGGCUGGACCAGAUUUACUUUGUCAACGAACGGCGCUGCUCUCGCACCCCGGUCUACGGCAGAGACCUGUUGGGGGUUUGUUCCCUGCCCAGCAGAGGGCAGUUGCCUUGGCUCGGGGCUCCUGAUGGAGGUCAUGGGAAGGGGGCUGGGCCCGCGAGCCGGUGCACGUCACCCUCGACAACUCACAGGGACCUGAUUUUGACGCUGACUCAACGUCAGGAAUCCCUCCAGGACGUCAUGGACAGGGUGGUGUGCGUGAUCCCGCCGGUGGUGGCCGCGCCCCCGUGCUUGUGGGUGGCGAGGCCACCCUCCCGCUACAGCCACAAGAUGAGGCUCUUCAGACACUACCUGCGGGAGCACACGGCGCCCUUCGCCCAGCAGCUGCAGCGGGUGACAGCUCUGCGCUCACUGCGGUUUCCCGAGCUGAGACUGGUCCAGUUUGACUCAGGAAAGCUGGAAGCGUUGGCUAUCUUACUUCAGAAGUUGAAAUCUGAAGGACGUCGAGUGCUGAUUUUAUCGCAGAUGGUUCUCAUGUUAGACAUUUUAGAAAUGUUCUUGAACUUCCAUUAUCUCACCUAUGUAAGAAUUGACGAAAACGCCAACAGUGAGCAACGGCAGGACCUGAUGAGGAGUUUCAACCGGGACCGGCGGGUCUUCUGUGCCCUCCUUUCCACACACAGCCGCGCCACGGGCGUGAGCCUGGUGGAGGCGGACGCGGUGGUGUUCUACGACCACGACCUCAACCCGGUGAUGGACGCCAAGGCCCAGGAGUGGUGCGACCGGAUUGGGCGGCGCAAGGACGUGCACAUAUACAGGCUCGUGAGUGGCAAUUCCAUUGAAGAGAAAUUGUUGAAAAAUGGAACCAAAGAUUUGAUCCGAGAAGUGGCUGCUCAGGGAAACGACUACUCCAUGGCGUUCCUCACGCAGCGGACGAUCCAGGAGCUGUUUGAGGUUUAUCCACCCAUGGAUGACACUGGCUUCCCAGUGAAAGCCGAGGAGUUCGUCGUCCUUUCUCAGGAACCUUCUGUCACAGAAACCAUCGCACCCAAAAUUGCCAGACCUUUCAUAGAGGCCCUCAGGAGCAUCGAGUGUCUGGAGGAGGACGCACACGAGCCGGCAGAGGAGUUGGCGCCCGGGUCUCGGCGCCCCGACGGUUCCCGGUGGGGCGAGGAGCCCUCGCCCCUGGAGGAGUUAGCGGACUUCAUGGGACAGCUCACACCAAUUGAAAAAUAUGCUUUGAAUUACCUGGAAUUAUUCCAUACUUCCACUGAUCAAGAAAAGGAGAGAAAUAGUGAGGGCGCCGUGCUGGCCGCCGUGGGCGAGUGGGAGGCCCGGCACGCGCGGGCACUGCGGGAGCGUGAGGCCCGGGCACGGCGUGAGCCUGAGCAGCAGCUGCUCACCUACACCCGGGAGGACGCCUGCCGCGCGGAGUUCGUGUACGAGGGCGCCGACGGGCAGACGGAGGUCAUGCCGCUUUGGACGCCGCCCACGCCCCCCCAGGACGACAACGACAUCUACAUCGACUCGGUCAUGUGUCUCAUGUACGAAACCACGCCCAUCCCGGAGUCCAAGCUGCCGCCCGUGUACGUGAGGAAGGAGCGCCGGAGACACAAGACGGACCCGUCAGCCGCCGGCAGGAAGAAGAAGCAGCGCCACGGGGAGGCCGUGGUGCCCCCGCGGUCGCUGUUUGACCGCGCCGCGCCCGCCAUGUUGAAGGCCCGCCGAGAGGGGAAGGAGCAGAGGAAGAACAUCCUCCUGAAGCAGCAGGCGCAGUUCGCCAAGCCUCUGCCCGCCUUCGCCAAGCCGGCCGCCGAGUCUGGUCCCGACAGCCCGGAGUGGCUCAUCAGCGAGGACUGGGCGCUGCUGCAGGCCGUGAAGCAGCUGCUCGAGCUGCCGCUCAACCUCACCGUCGUGUCCCCGGCCCACACGCCCAACUGGGACCUCGUCAGCGACGUCGUCAACUCCUGCAGCCGCAUCUACCGCUCCUCCAAGCAGUGCCGGAACCGCUACGAGAACGUGCUCAUCCCGAGGGAGGAGGGGAAGAGUAAGAACAACCGCCCUCUGCGCACGGGCCAGAUGUACGCUCAGGACGAGAACGCCACGCACACCCAGCUGUACACGAGCCACUUUGACCUGAUGAAGAUGACUGCGGGCAAGAGGAGCCCCCCCAUCAAGCCUCUGCUUGGCAUGAAUCCCUUUCAGAAAAACCCCAAGCACGCUUCCGUGUUGGCAGAAAGUGGAAUCAACUACGACAAACCCCUGCCUCCUAUUCAGGUCGCAUCCCUCCGGGCGGAGCGCAUCGCCAAGGAAAAAAAGGCACUGGCCGACCAGCAGAAGGCGCAGCAGCCGCCUGUGGCACAGCCGCCACCGCCACCGCCACCGCCGCAGCCGCAGCCACCGCCACCGCAGCAGCCGCCCCCGCCGCUGCCCCAGCCCCCGUCGGCCGGCAGCCAGCAGCCUGCGGGGCCGCCCGCCGUCCAGCCCCAGGCCCAGGCGCAGCCCCCGGCGCAGCCCACGCCGCCUCCGCCGAAGGUGCCCCCUGCGAUCACGACGGUGGGCAGCGCUGCAGUGCUGGCAGGAGCCAUCAAGACAUCCGUCACAGGGACAAGCAUGCCCACGGGCACAGUGAGCGGAAAUGUGAUCGUGAACACCAUCGCCGGCGUGCCCGCUGCCACCUUCCAGUCCAUUAACAAGCGCCUCGCUUCACCCGUGGCACCUGGAGCCUUGACUACCUCGGGAGGCUCUGCUCCUGCCCAGGUGGUCCACACCCAGCCUCGAGCAGUUGGGUCCCCUGCCACGGCCACGUCCGACAUGGUGUCCCUGGCACCGACUCAGGGUGUUCGAGCAGUCACCUCGGUGACUGCCUCGGCUGUGGUCACUACCAGCCUGACCCCGGUGCAGACCCCGACCCGGUCUUUGGUGACUCAAGUGUCCCAAGCCACAGGGGUCCAGCUUCCAGGGAAAACCAUCACGCCCGCGCACUUCCAGCUCCUGCGGCAGCAGCAGCAGCAGCAGCAGGCCUCGCAGGUGCAAGUCCCGCAGAUCCAGGGCCAGGCCCAGGCGCCGGCACAGAUCAAGGCGGUGGGCAAGUUGACACCGGAACACCUGAUCAAAAUGCAGAAGCAGAAACUGCAGCUGCCCCAGCAGGCGCCCCCAGCACAGGCCCCGCCGGGGCCCCCGCAGCCAACGGCACAAGUGCAGGUGCAGCCCCCGCAGCCCACGCAGCAGCAGAGCCCCCAGCUCACCACGGUCACGGCCCCGAGGCCCGGCGCCCUGCUCACGGGCACCACCGUGGCCAACCUCCAGGUGGCCCGGCUCACCCGGGUCCCCACUUCACAGCUGCAGGCUCAAGGGCAGAUGCAGGCCCCGGCGCCCCAGCCGGCCCAGGUGGCGCUGGCGAAGCCCCCGGUGGUGUCGGUGCCCGCAGCCGUGGUCUCCUCGCCGGGCGUCACGACGCUGCCCAUGAACGUUGCUGGGAUCAGUGUGGCCAUCGGGCAGCCGCAGAAAGCCGCAGGGCAGACUGUCGUGGCCCAGCCUGUGCACGUCCAGCAGCUGCUGAAGCUCAAGCAGCAGGCCGUCCAGCAGCAGAAGGCCAUCCAGCCGCAAGCCGCCCCAGGCCCGGCCGCCGUCCAGCAGAAGAUCACGGCACAGCAGAUUGCCGCUCAGGGCCAACCACAGAAGGUCACCUACGCUACCCAGCCAGCCCUUAAAACCCAGUUUCUCACCACGCCCAUCUCCCAGGCCCAGAAACUGGCUGGGACCCAGCAGGUGCAGACCCAGAUCCAGGUUGCGAAACUCCCUCAAGUCGUCCAGCAGCAGACACCCGUGGCCAGCAUCCAGCAGGUUGCCUCUGCUUCCCAACAGGCUUCCCCACAGACUGUGACCCUCACCCAGGCGACAGCAGCCGGGCAGCAGGUCCAGGUGAUCCCCGCAGUGACAGCGACAGCACAGGUGGUCCAGCAGAAGCUCAUGCAGCAGCAAGUCGUGACCACGGCGGCGGCCCAGCUGCAGACCCCCGGUGUUCCCAACCCAGCCCAGGUGCCGGCCAGCUCCGACAGCCCGAACCAGCAGCCCAAGCUCCAGAUGAGAGUCCCCGCCGUCAGGUUAAAGACGCCCACCAAGCCUCCGUGCCCCUAG